GCUGACGUCAUCGGCAAGCGACAGCGUAGGACAACUACAAGAUGGCGGACGCGGUGAACGUUGGCGUUAAUCUGGACGCCUUUUCUCACGCCAUUAGCGGCAUUCAGGCGCUGCGCUCCAGCGUCAGCCGCGUCUUCGAGUCCCUGAAGGACGGUAUGAAGAACCGCGAGACACUGGAAGGCCGCGAGAAGCAAUUUAUCGCCGCCUUCCAGGAGAACCUGCAGGCGGUCAACAGGGACCUCAACGAGCUGGAGCGCCUGAGUGGCCUGGUGGGCCGCCCGUCCGAGUCGCAUCCCCUGCACAACAGUGGCCUCCUCAGUCUGGAUCCGGUCCAGGACAAGACGCCUCUCUACUCGCAGCUGCUGCAGGCCUACAAGUGGUCCAACAAGCUGCAGUACCACGCCGGCCUGGCCUCCAGUCUGCUUAACCAGCAGUCGCUCAAGCGCUCGGCCAAUCAGAUGGGAGCCUCGGCCAAGCGACGGCCCAAAGUCCAGCCCAGCACCCUGGUCCUCCCCCCGCAGUACGUGGACGACGUGAUUUCUCGGAUCGGCCGCCUGUUUCCCGACAUGAGCAUCGAACUUUUCCGACCGAACGGAACGUCCGCCGUGCUGCUGGUGACGCUGGGCAAAGUGCUGAAGGCUAUCGUGGUGAUGCGCUCACUCUUCAUCGACCGAACGUUGGUGCGGGGCUUCAACGAGAACGUUUACGACCACGGCGGCAAGCUGGACAUCUGGACCAAGUCGCAGCAUCAGGUCUUUCAGAAGGUAACGGACCACGCCACCACCGCCCUGCUGCACUACCAACUGCCGCAGAUGCCCGACGUAGUGGUGCGCUCCUUCAUGACUUGGCUGAGGAGCUACAUCAAGCUCUUCCAGUCUCCGUGUCAGCGAUGCGGUCACUUCCUGCAGGACGGCCUACCUCCAACAUGGAGGGACUUCAGGACUUUAGAAGCCUUCCAUGACACCUGCCGCAUGUGAAAGAGGGGGGGGGGAAAAGCACAGGCACACGCAGUUCAUUUCAGGCUCGAGUGGUGUUUUCGUUGAACCUUGGCCGUCUCCUGGUGGGCUGCAAUCUUCAUCAUCAUCUCCCCUUCCUGGAAAAUGUUAAAUGCUCCCCAAAGGAUUUGCACCAGCGCUAAUGAGGAGCGCAUCGCUGUGCCCUUCAUGACUCAUUGAUGAAGGUCAAUUAGGCGGUGGCGGCGUGCUGUCGUGGAUGUCGCACCUGAACGCCACCUGCCGGUCACCCCAGAGUAAAGAGACCCACCGCCGCUUUUUCUUUUGCAGCCUCUGGUUCACCGCUCCGGCCGGGAUCUCCGACUUUUGGCUCCAGACGCAAGCCGAGCAUACGCUCAAAGUUAACGUCAAUGGAUAAAAAACAAGAGAAGGAAAUAAAGUUGUGUUCCACCAA